AAUAAGGUUGAGCUGAUCAAGGAGUCGCAGGCGCUGCAGCAGCAGCAAGAGAUCAAGCAGUUUGUUGCCGGCACUGCGGCGGACAAAGCCCCAAUUAUUCCCGUUUCUGCUGUUUUGAAAUAUAACAUUGACAUUCUUUGCGAAUUCAUUUGCACUUUAGUUCCUGUCCCUCACAGAGACUUCACCAGACCCCCGCAACUCAUCAUUAUCCGCUCUUUCGACGUCAACAAACCAGGGGAGGAGGCUGAGAAGCUGCAGGGGGGCGUGGCUGGCGGCUCCAUCAGCGAGGGUUUGUUGAAAGUGGGAGACCAAAUAGAAGUCCGGCCUGGGAUAAUAACAAAGGACGCUUCGGGCUUCAUCCAGUGCAGCCUUCUUAAAAAUUAG